AUGGCUACUGGCCCGAAGCUCUCGACGUCCGACGAUCUCCUGAUCUGCUGUGCGUGCGGCGCGCAGUACGACGUGGACGAGACGGCGGGCAAAGACGAGUGUCGGAUCUGCGAGGAUCCCAGACAAUUCAUCCCGCCGACGGGGCAGGCAUUCACGACAUUACGAAAACUCAAGGAGGGCGGCCACAAGAACGUCUUCGAGCCGUGCGAGCAUAAUGACACGGUCGUUGAAAUCCAUACGGAGCCGAAGUUCGGAAUCGGCCAGGGAGCGCGCUUGAUCCGCACGCCGAAUGGGAAUGUCCUCUGGGACCUGAUUGCGUAUUUGGACCAGGAUACCGUUGACAAGAUCACCGAACUGGGCGGGUUGAAGUUCAUCAUCAUUUCACACCCGCAUUUCUAUACGACCUGGGCCGACUGGUCGUCCACAUUCAACUGCCCCGUGUACAUGACCGAAGUCGACUCCAUCUGGGCCAACAGAAAAGACCACGCCUCAGCAACCCUCAAGCUUCUGAAGGAACCCAGCACAGAACUCCUACCAGGCCUAACGUCGGUGAUCUGUGGGGGGCAUUUCCCCGGCAGCCAAGUCCUGCACUCGCUGCCGCCAAACACUCCCAUCCCGACGCUGUUCGUCGCCGACACCAUCUUUGCUGUGCAGUCGAGCCACAACCCGGACCCGGGCAAGCGCAGCGACACCAUCUCGUACCAAUUUCUUUGGUCCAUCCCCAACAUGAUCCCGUUGCCGCCCGAAGAGGUGCUCAAGAUCUGGAGGAGCCUCAAACCGUUGCAGUUUCAGGCGACCUAUGGCGUUAUGGCCAAGAUCACCAAUGUUUUCGAGAAACCUGGUCAGAGUCUGAGUCUCAAGGCAAGGGUGCUUCAGAGCGCAAAAAUUGCAGUUAAGGCAAUGGGAUAUUCUGACCACGCCAUUUUUGCCGAGGAGUUGUGA